GGCCAUCACGUGGCUGCGAGACCGCAAUUCCUCAGCCCUUUUCCCGUCUCCUCCUGUCUCCAUUUGCACAAACAUGGCGGAUGAAGGAGGCAAGUCCGGCGGCGGAGCGAAAUCGCCGCCUCCGCCGGCGUCGGCCGCUGCGGAAACGCAGGCUUCGCCCAAGAUCGUCUUGAAGAGCAUCGACAUGAGCGAGAAGAUGCGCAACGACGCGAUCGACUGCGCCCGCGCCGCGUUCGAGAAGCACAGGCUGGAGAAGGACAUUGCGGAGUAUAUCAAGAAGGAGUUCGAUAGCAAGUACGGACAGACUUGGCACUGCAUUGUGGGUCGCAACUUCGGAUCUUAUGUAACUCACGAGACCAAUCAUUUCCUUUAUUUUUAUGUUGACUCAAAGGCGGUACUGCUAUUCAAAUCUGGUUGAGUGGAGCAUGGAUGCUUGCUGUUAAUCGAUACAUCUAAUUCGACGAAGCAUGUCCUCAGCAUUUCUCUCCCUUUGGCCGUCUGGUCGUGUACUUUCAGCUGCUGUAACUAAUAAACCAGUGCGAAUAUGUAUAUUGGUCAUGUGUAUUAUCGAAGUAUUGCCAAAAUAUUAACUGGAGUAUGUAUCCUUUUAGCACCGUGCUAUGCAAAAUAAUGCGGGGAGUGCUUGCUCCAUUCCAAGUA